GUAAAAACAAACAAAAAGCGCUGGGUUGCGGGGCGCAGAAGGUCGUUCCGGGUGCCGGCUGGACAGUUCGAACACCUGGCGAACGCAUUCGAACAAUGCGAUAGACCACAGCUCAGACGCCAGCCGUCCCAAAGCCCCCACAGACCAGGGCAGCAAAACUACUGCGGCGCGGACGCCAGCCGCUCAAAAAAAUGAGCUCCCUCUCGGCAGCCGCCUUCGCGGCAGUAAGAAGAGCCUUAGAUGGCGACGUCGACGACGCCGCGGCCGCGGAGCACGCCGCGGCCGCGCCGGAGGACCGUGCUUUGUUAGCGCUGGCCCCGGGCGACGAGAAUUUGGGCAAGGCGUGCUACCACGCGGUCCGGCGCAAAUACGGGCGGGACGUGCAGGCCGCGCGGCGUUUACGACGAAGAAGAAGGCCGGCCGCAUCAUCAUCGAGUGACAUUCUAUCUCUAGUAAAGCGCGGCGCCGCCGACGCGCGGCGGCUGAGUGCUUUGGCCGAUGCGAGAUUAUCGAGGCAGUUGGAAGCAGCAGAAAGAAGGCUCCAGGAGCUGGCCCACGAGUGCGUGGGCGAGCACGCGAAGGCUCGGUCACGCUUAGCUGCGCGGGCCGAGAAGACGGCGUCUCGAAGACGCGCGGAACGAGCAGCCGCGAAAGCAAAUGCAAGGUGGGCCCUGUUCUUACUGCGGUGCGAGGGCGACGCGCCGCCGCCCGUGAAUACGCGGAAGCCGCCCCUGCAAUUGCGGAGUUGUGUGGAACGGGACGACGUUAAGCGGGGCGCUUCGGCAGCGAAAGACGCGUGCACGCGGCCCGGCCCCGCGCGCGUGUCUGCUGCGUUGGCCUUGCGGAGCAAGCGGGGCGGGAUGGUUGAUGAUGCUAGAGAUGCGAGAGCAUUGGAGACUUUUAGAGCUACCAAAGUAGCGUUUUGUAGGGGCGCCGCGGCCUGGACGGCGCGGAAGCCCGCCGAGACGUUUCCGGGCUUCCCCCACGCCGACGGCGUCGAGACCUUGAUUGAUCUUCUCGUUCCUUCCCGUCCGAGGACGCCCUCGACGAAAAGAGCGGCCGAUGGUGCGGAACUCUUAUCUGCGGGGCCCAUCCACUGGCUCUGCGUGGGCAACCCUUCCGCAGCGUUCGACGAUUGUUUAGGGACGGAUGAGGACCCGGAUCCCGCGACGCACGCCCUCUGUUCAUCUAGAAUAUACUACCAGCUCGACGGCGCGCACGUGGAAGACCCGCCUUGUACCGGUUCGGAUGUCUCAUGCUCGCUCAUCGACGACGGCGCAUCCCUAAAAAGAGCCUGGGCUAUCCAUGACGCUCUCGGCGAGGCGCACACGUUUCAGGCGCUAACUGAUGACAUGACCGUCACGCACGUCGUCUCAGCAAAAGACGACCACGUCCAGAAAAAUAACAUCCAGUCGAACAGCGACGAGCUCGCCGACAGCGUCGUUUCUCAACCCGUUGUCCUCGAAGAUAGUGAGGGUAAAAGGUUCGCCGCGUGCAGCGUCGCCCAAUUACUGGAGGCGAAGCACCUACAGACCUCUGAUAUGGUGAGGAGGGCGACGUCAGUUGUAGCAUCGCAGAACGGCGCUCGUAUUCCAAGGUGGGGCGCGCGCGAUUUAUAUGUAUGUACCACAAUAAGGGCUCCGUGCAACGUGCACGACGAGACGACGACAUCUUACAUGCGGCGGCUUUCCCCGAGGGCGGUCGCCGAACUAGCGCGGGCCUACUUAAAUGAUGAUUCUGAAACGGAUCUAACGGCGCGCGACGUCUUCCCGGCGUCCUCAGCUGACGAGGUCUUUAGCUUGGUCCAGGACCAAGAGGGCGAUAAAGGAGAUGCGUUUUUAGUGAACUGGUGCAUUGACGAUGAUACGAACGAAGAGCGAGCGGUGUCAGCCAGAGUAGCACCAAUGAUCGAGGAGGACGAGGAGGAGGACGACGACGUCCUCGGCCCGGUCUGCCAGUGGCGGUCCUGCUCCUGCGCCGCUCGUUCGUCAAGACGUGUUGUAGGCAAGAAGCAGCCCAAUCGGCCGUUAUGUGCCUGGCACCGCUCCUUAAAACGGCAUUUAGAUGAUGGUGCCCAAGCGGCUGGAAGGGCGUCCGACGCGUUGCGGUUCGUGCCUCGAGCGAAGGCGGCGCGGGAGGCCGCCGAAGCGGUAAGAGCCUCCAAAAAGUCGAAUUACGGCGACCAGGACGCCGCCGAGGCCGCAGCGAUUCGCGGCGCGUCGCCCCUACUGGUCGAAUUGUCGAACGGGAAACUUGGUCAAACAGUAAGGGUCUUCUGUCGGCGGGCCGCGGCGGAGUCCGCGGAGCGCAAAUCCCGGAGGAAGGACAAAGAGGACAAAGGUGAAGGAUGGGCGCGGUGGGACGACGCGCGCGCGUUGUCCGCCGCUCGCAGGGACGUCGCGGCGUCGCUCGAUCGCUUAGAUCGGGUCUGUGCUGCGGAAAGAGCGGCUACGGGCGAGUUGGCAGCUCGGCGGGCCGCGGGCCAGUUCCCCGCCGACGCGCUGGUGCAGAUCAAGCGUGAGCAUGCGCGUCUCGACGCGGAGCGCGCCGAGGGCGAUCAGGAUCAAGCGGCCGACGAGCGGUUGGAGCUCGAGUUCGCGCGGCGCAAGGUCGCGUUGCUGAAGGCCGACACGGGGGCGCAGCGGCCUCAAGUAAGUGUCGCGGCCGCGGCGGACAUCUUGGCGGCGACGGCGGGGAGGGGCGACCGGUCGCCGGACGAGCUCAUGGCGUCGCCCAUCCUCGAGGAGCCCACGGACACGGGCUACGGCGCGCCGCGGCGGCGGGCGAUGGCGUCGACGGCGAGGAGGGCUGCUCAAAAGCUGCGCUUCGUGUCGCCCUACUCGUCGGCGAACAACCAGGCGCCGAAGCGGCGGUCUUCCGGUAGGAAGUUUUGAUUUAAUCAGAGGUAUAUUA